UCUAUAUAUAAGAUGUAUGAUUCUCACUCAAGAUGUAUAUUCAUUUCUAGUUGUUUUUUUUUCAUCUAAAGAUUUAUUCAUUAUGAUUCGACAAACUUUAUCAUUAUUUAUUGCUAUUAGCAUUUUAAUGGUCAAUGCUGAUCCUGUUCAACAACGACCAACACUUCGUGGUGUUACUGUUCGUGUUGGUCCAUUUGUCAAAGAAAAUAAUGGCAAAUUUGAAGGAUUUAUUCCCGAUUUAGUUCAAGCCAUUUCUGAAAAAGUUGGUUUCGAUUAUACAUUGUAUUUAUCACCAGAUGGUCGUUAUGGUAAUGUUAUAUCCGAUGGUAAUGUAACCGGUAUGAUUGGUGAAGUCUAUAACAAGAAAGCAGAUUUCGCUGCCGCUGAUCUAACAAUGACAGAAGCACGUGAAAAUUAUAUAACAUUUACCGAACCAUUUAUGAUUAAUCAAUUGGCUGCACUAAUACGUCGUGAAGAUGCUGAAGGAUUAAAUACAUUGGAAGAUUUAGCAAAAGCACAAGAAACUUUUCCAAAACGUAAACGAAUCGUAUUGGGAACAUUACGUAAUGGUGCUACAAAUUAUUUUCUUUCAAAAAGUGAUGAUCCACUUGCUAAGAAAAUAUAUGAACAAAUUAAAGCAGAUGAUCAAUCAAAUGUUAAAAGCAUUUCCGAAGGUGUUGAACGAGUGGAUAAACAAGGUGGCUAUGCAUUCAUUAUGGAAUCAGCAUCGGCUGAACAUGAAAUUGCUAAUAACUGUAAAUUGACAAUGUUGUUGGAUUGGCGCAAUCUCUUCCCAAGAAAAUAUGCAUUUGCAUUGCCCAAAGAUUCACCAUAUUUGGAACAUUUUAACAAUGCAAUUAAACAAUUGAACAGUGAAGGUAAAAUUGCCGAAUUACGGCGAAAAUAUUGGGCAAAUAAUUGUGCAGAAAAUAAGACCAAAGAUGACAAAAAUUAAAACCAAAUUAAACACAAUUAAAAACAAACAAACAAAAUAAAUUCUCUUAUUAAAAUCAUAGUUUUUUUCUUUA